AUGGCGAGCGCGACGACCAAGGCGACGCGUCGACGGUUGAGCUGGCGCGACGCGCUGGACGAGACGCGGACGUACGACGACGACGACGGGGACGGCGCGAAGGACGGAUGGGCGCGGCGCGGUGGCGCCGCGGACGAAGAGAACGCGACCGCGCGACGAGCGAAGGGUCAAAAAACGAGCGCGUCGCCUCGGAGAGCGCUCGCCGCGGUGGAUGCGAACGCGACGAUGACGUCGCCGACGACGCGAUGCAACACGUUUUUGGCGGGGUCGACGCCGGGGGCGAUGAGCGCCAAGCACGCGUCGCGGGUGCGCGCGCUCGUGGAGGUGGAUGAACCGGAGGAGGAAGCGGAGGUGGCGGAGAUUUCGUUUGACUUCGAGGACGAGAGCGCGAUGAUGUCGCCGGCGUCGGUGGACGACGCCGAACUCGAGUCGGAUUCCACGGGCGACGUCACGGUGGUGAUGUCGAGCAAGCGAGGAAGGCUGUCGCGCGUGAACGAGACGUUCAACGUGUUCAAAUCGCUCGCACAGCUGGCGAUAUCGCCGUCAGAGUUGGACGUCUCCAAGCGACGCGCGCCGACGCCGAUGAACACGCCGGCGACGACGUUGACGUUCGACGACGACGUGGAUUCGCCCGUCGUGCAAGCGAGAACCGAAGCCGAUUUGCGCGACACGGUUGAGAAAAUUGCCAGCUCUUUGGUGGACGUCGAAGACGUGAUGUCGUCUUAUACGACCAGAGUUCGCGCGCACCGCGUCGCGAAGGCGCUCGGGGCGGCGAUUUUCAUGCUCGCCAUUUCCGCUCGAUUAUACUUUGCCUGGAACGUCGCCAUCGCGGCGUUCCGUCCGCGGUACGCGAUCGAUGGAACCGCGUUCGCGUAUCGUUGGUUUUGGCGUUCACGAACGAAUUGGAACGUCCCGUUCGCGUUCGCGGGGUACGCUUCGUACGGUGAGUUUAUGAUUCAAAGGGCGCUCGACGUCGAGUCGCGGCGAGCGAUGACGCGCGCGGCGGCGUUUCGAGCCGCCGUGAGCGCCACGAGGCGCGUCGCCGUCGUUUUGGCGUACAUCAGCGGCGUUUUCGGAAUUUUUGGGGUAGUCGCGAAGGCGAGCGAGGACCCCCAUCCGGGCGAGACGACGAAGCGCGGCGCGACGUCGCCGUUCGUCUUCGUGCCGAAAGUCAUGAUGAUGAUGACGACGACGACGGACCCAGAGCGGCCUCGGCGGCCCUCUUUUGGUGCGUCCGCUGUUUUGGAUACUUCCGAUCGCACAUCAUCGACGCACCGGGAAAUGGACGGCGAAGCCGACGAGUUCGCCGUCGUGCGCGUGUAA